AUGGCUUCUUCAUCUCAAGGUCUCUCAGCGGACCACAACGAGCCAGGGAAAGAUACAGACUCUGAGACUACAAAUGUGGACACCGGCCAAACGUCUGAGAAGCUUCUAGGAAAACGUCGAGCACGAGAAUCACCCGGUGCCUCCAAUCUCCAAAUUCAAGAAGAAGACUCACUUAGUGAUAGAGACGCCGACUGGGAACCUGAAGAUAUCGAAAUCAGUAUAUCACCUCCCGGCUCGGCAUCGAAGUUUGUACGUCUGGCAUCGGAGCCGGACGAUAGGAGCCAACACAGUCAAAGCUCACCUGGCCCAAGCCCUGGUCCAAGUAUGAUCCGUGGAGUGAGGGGCGCCGUGGCUCUUCGACACCGAAGGACUCCGCGUACAAGAUCUUCGGGAAGAGAAGGGUCCUCAGGAGAAUACGACUCGCUACCAAAUGAGGCUCCGAAUUUUAGCUGUCGCUGGGUUCCGCUACAAUUUCCUGAACAAGAGCCUUGCAAGGAAACUUGCACUCGUCUCUCAGACUUACGUCGACAUCAGCGCCCCCAUUUUGAGAUUGACCUCAGCUAUGCCAAAGAAAAACUGGAUGAAGUGGCGGUUUCCAAAGCUCAGGCGGCACUAGAUAGAUGUGCAGGACGUGGACAAUCUUACGCUUGCGAAGUGUGUGGCAAAGUCUACUCGCGCCUUGAUGCUGUUGCUCGUCACCGUCAACAGCCCCAGGGUAAAUAUUGCAACAUAAUGUACAAGAAAAUGCGUGCAGAAGAAAAAGCACGUGCCAAAGAAAGUCAGGGGCUGGAACAGAGGCUGAGGGUACAGAAAGGGAAAAUGAAGCGGAGAUUAAGCGAGAGCCAGAAGAAGACGAACAAGAGGAACAGUAUGAUGACGAGCACGAAUAUGAACACGAACACGAAUACGAACACGAGCAAAGGAUAA